AGUUGAAAUGACAGAUCGCGUUUCAACGUCUUCAGUGUUGGUCAAACAUGGAAAAGCAGUUGAACGGCUGAUAAAGUCAGUCACACUUGUUCUCUCGUUCUUCUUUUCCACCCUAACCAAACUAACGUUUCAUUGUUCACUGACGUUAAUUUAAGCAUUUCAUAAUCGCAUUUGUUAUAUCUGUUCAAAAUGGCAAACCAGUCAGUUGUGACGUCACUGUUCCACCUAUCGAAUUCGAGUGUCUUCCACUCAAACAACGCCACUGAUUUUGACGCCACCGAUCACGAUGAUGUCAUCAAAAAUAUUCGCAUGGUAUUCACCAUGUUCGGCGUAGUGCUCGGACUCGUGGCCAUCGCUUUGAACGCUGCCAUUAUCAUAGCACUGGCCGUCAAGAAUGUUCCAACUCCAUUUUCGUUACAAACACUCCAUCUGAUGGCUUCGCUGGCGGCUGCCGAUUUGCUUCUUCUAAUGUUCGGUUUACCUUACGAUCUAGUUGCUGCAAACGACGGCUAUUGGUUGGAGGGACCGAUCGGAUGUCAAAUGUCCGCUUAUCUUCCUGAAGCGUCACGUUUUGCUUGGGUCGGCACAGUUCUGUUAGCCAUGCCACUUCGUUGGCCAUCGAUGAUGAAGAUGCGCAAAUGGGCCACCGUGUGGGCGCUGCUCGUUUGGACGCUUUCGUUGUCUGCCGUUAUUCCGUUCGCCCUUCACGUCGACUGUCUCGGAUUGGCUCAGACGUCUGGUGAUUACCCGACUACACCGGACGGAACAGAAGAGAACGAUCCUUGUUUCUGCGUGUUCACAGUGAGUCAAUCGGAAGUCGUUCGCAUGUUCGGUUCGUCUCUUCUGGCUUUCUCGCUCUUGCCCGUCAUCGCUAUCGCGAUGAUCAGCUUGAAGACGGGGACGUACGAAGGACAAUCACCCGACAUGGACAAAUGGAACACAUCUCCUAGGCGGCUGGCCAUCAUGUUGUUAGCAUUUAUGGCAUGCACUUUGCCUCGCUAUGUCCACAUUGUAGUCAACUAUUCCGAACACGCUCCAACAAUGGAUGGCCAUUACGGAUUGGCCUUGUCGAUCAUGGAAAUCCUUUGCUGCAGCCUUUUCUAUUGCUCGACGUUGAUUCAUCUGGUUGUAUCACCGCAUCCGCGUGCCUUACUACGCCAUUUUUGCAGACAUCGUCAACGCCAAAACUACGUCACUGAAAACUAAAACCGUUCGACAGAGCCAACCGCUUAGUUCGCGGUUCGCAAUCGACCAAAAAACAACCAGUCGGCUUUUCCGCAAUUCUAUAAACGGUGACUAGUUGACACAUUUCAAUCAACGACAGCAUUGUGACUCGCCUUCGCACCUCACUUUGCUGACCUAUCUACGUCUCAGCCGCAGCAGAAACGUGUCUACAUCGUUAAAAGAACAAUCAGUGAUCGUUUUUCAUUCCCGUACUGUGUAAUGCAGUGAUUUCAGCUGGACACGCAUCAUAUACGUUGGCAAACGCGGGCUGCCACAAAAACGAUACAAUCAUUUUCUCGUGUUA